AUGAUGCUGUCCUCCAUCCCUUCACUGUCGACAUCAUAUAUCCGCCACAGCACCGGCCCAUAUACAGAGCAGACCCUACAACUCCAAGACCAGCUCGACCAGCUCGAUCAAAUUGAGCUGCUCCUGCCCUCCUAUCUCCACCAGCACCAGCACCAGCACCAGCAGCCGUCCACCACUGAUAGUCCGUUGUUGAACUUUUCUGCUUACCAGGGCUGCUCUACGCCACCUCCUCCAGAGUCAUCCUCCUCCGCCGUAGCCUCUCCAGCAGGCACAGUCGCCUACGACUCCUCCUCGCCCGUCUACUCCGUCCAGGGAUCUCCUGAGACCGACUUCAUCUCUUCCUUCUACCACGGCGCAGGGAGCUUUUCUAUGCCCGACGAGAGUUUCCCGACUCGGGAAGAAGGGCUAUCGCAUACUCCACCGACGCCUUCCAUAAAGGUGUAUCAGUCUUCGCCGCACAACAACAACAACAACAACAACAACAACCCUCACCAACACCAGCACAACAACCAGAUGCUGCUACAGUCGGGUCUAUCGUACGAAGGGGACCUCCAGACGUUGUUACCGCCACAGCACAACCAUCAUCACCACCACCGUCUCUCCUCUCGAGCUGCUGCUGCGACUGCUGCCUGCGCAAAGCCACAGACACAGUCGCAAUCGUCACCGCAUAGACGCACCCCAUCCACCUCAUCCAGCGUCUCCCUGCCGUCUGCCUACCACGGGUACACGGGCUACGACCGCGGCUCGUCAAAGCCUCUGCCUACCCCUGAACAGACCCCCGUUCAGUCUUCCUUCCUGGCUCAGCCAUCGUUCCCUCCUUACGACCCGUCUUCCUCGUACCGAAAUGCAGGAGACCAUCCGGAGAUGGAGAUGGCAAUGAGACGAGCAGCCUUUGAACAGCAGCGACAGCAGCAGCAGCAGCACCGCCAGCAGCAGGCUGCGCAUGCUGUCGACGAAGAGCCAACAACCACUUUCCCACCGUACUCCCUCGCGCCGUCGGUGUCGACGUUGAGUCAUAACUCACCCGCCACACCGCAGACGAGCUUCCCGGAAGAGUCCGAGGACACUAAACUUGCACAUGGUAUGACUCCGAUUCCCGUUGAUGUGCACGGCUGGUUAGACGAAUACUUACUCUUCGAUGAUACAGACAACCUCGCACAACCGUCCCAUGUGACCGGUUCCCUCUCCGACCCCUUCCAGGAGGAGAUGUACAACCCAGCCUUACAGCAGCUACGAAGCGGCUCGGCACAGAAAAACAGACCACAGACACAGCCACAGCAGCAGCAGCAGCAGUACCCUGGCUACCGCAACCGAAACGUUAUUGCCGAUAGGCUGCAGGCCGCCCAGCAGGGACACAUGACCGCGCGAGCUCACUCCCCUCGCGACGCAUCUCCCUGGGCCCAGCCGGCGAACGUCUUCCAGAACGCACUUCACCAGCCAUCCCACAUGAACUCUGCCCUCCGGGGAAUGGACCUGAUGAGUCACGGCGGCCAUGAUGAGCAGCCCAAGACCAUCUCGCCCAAGGACGCGAUGCUCGAGUUCCACGAGUCACCCGCGGACAACAGCAGCAUGCCCCUGUUCCCCUCGCAGGCCGAAGCCUCGCAGUUUGAAGCUGCCGUGGCUACCACACUGGCCAACACAGACUUCUCCAACGAUGCCUUUGCCCCCUUCUCCUCCGCCUCCCAAAACACACCACAGCCUUACUUCCUCGGCCAGGCUGGCGCCGACGUGCUGCAGUACCCGGCCGGCACCGCCCAACAGCACCCGCCCCAGCACCACCAGCAGACUAGCGCCGAGUUUGCAGCCGCCCUGGCCGGACUCGACUCCGGGUCUGUCGACCGCAAGAUGGAAGACCGGGACUCGGAUCUACCCGCCGGCCGACCAGACGACACAGCGUCGGAAGCCGGAACCUACAGCUGUACCUACCAUGGUUGCACCCGCCGCUUCGAGACGCCUGCUCGUCUGCAGAAGCACAAGCGCGAAGCCCACCGCCAGACGACGCCCGGCUCGCACAUGCUUGCCCGCGACAGCUCCUCUCUAGGUGCCCGUGGGCUCAGCGCACGCAACUCUCAGGCUGGCCCUCACAAAUGCGAGCGCACCAACCCCUCGACGGGCAAACCAUGCAAUUCUAUCUUCUCACGGCCCUACGACUUGACGCGCCACGAAGACACAAUACACAAUGCUCGCAAGCAAAAGGUCCGCUGUCAUCUCUGCACCGAAGAGAAGACCUUCUCCCGCAAUGACGCCCUCACCCGACACAUGCGUGUCGUCCACCCCAACGUUACCUGGCCAGGCAAGCAGAAGCGACGAGGUCGUGACGACUAA